CGUCGGUCCAGUCCAACGAGGAAGAUCAGGUCUCCAGGGGACCGUACCAUCGCGACAUCUUUCCCUUGGUUUCGGCUCAGGGGAAAUCUAACUGAAGCGCUACGGUCUAUGACUACGGACGCAAUUUUUGACGCAGCGCGGGAGUUGACCGCGGCGAGUCAAUUUCCGCUGCUGCGCCGCAUCAUCUUCCAACAACGGGCGUGGGUGAUGGAGGAGGAUGAAGGGUUGGAUGUGGUUGGCUAUGGUGGACGGGUGUGGGUGAUGGAGGAGGAAGGAGGGUUGGAGGUGGUCGGCUAUGGCCAACGGGUGUGGGGGAUGGAAGAGGAAGAAGGGUUGGAGGUGGUCGGCUAUGGCGGACGGGUGUGGGUGAUGAAGGAGGAAGAAGGGUUGGAGGUGGUCGGCUAUGGUGGACGGGUGUGGGUGAUGGAGGAGGAAAAAGGGUUGGAGGUGGUCGGCUAUGGUGGACGGACGUGGGUGAUCGAGGAGGAAGAAGGAUUGCAGGUGGUUGGCUAUGGCGGACGGGUGUGGGUGAUGGAGGUGGAAGAAGGGUUGGAGGUGGUCGGCUAUAGUGGACGGGCGUGGGUGAUGGAGGAGGAUGAAGGGUUGGAGGUGGUUGGCUAUGGUGGACGGGUGUGGGUGAUGGAGGAGGAAGGAGGGUUGGAGGUGGUCGGCUAUGGGGGACGUGAAAGAAGGCCCGUUGGACGCGUAAGUGGCUUGGACGAUCUGGCAAUGAGGGGAUUGUGCGACAUGAGACCGUGGGGCGGCUGCUUGUCGGCAGACGGCAGGGGGACCACUGCAUAUGGGGCAAGGAAGGAGCCUCGGAGGCGAUUAAGAGCUUCUCGUAGCAUGGCUUGGGAAAAGUUGUUCCUUAUCGGACCGAUGGAAGUGAAUGCCUGGACGGCUGGCUCCAAUGGCCCUACCGAGAUGUGCGGGGUGAUUCCCGAGAUUAACGAACUGGUAGAGGACACGGUGUACCUGGUGGUGGAACUAGAAUGGCGCGCAAGGGGUGAGUUUGGGGGCACCAACCUGGAAUUGCCAGGACGGGUGCGCGCGACAGGGUCCCUAUACUUGUCGGAUGCGGGAUGGCGGACCUUCGGGGUGGCCUUGGCGGAUGGCGGUGACCCCGUACGGAUGUUUGACGGGGCGUGGCAGGUGACCUGGAGGGAAGGGUUUGCGUUCGCCAACCCGGACCGGGAUGACGUGACGGCGACCGUCCGAGUGGUCGAGGUAGGAGCUAGUAUCUUGCCUUAUGAAAAUGUGCGCAUGGUCUUGCCACCCUUUUUGCUUGAGCGAAUGGGAGGGGUAGAACGUGCUGAGAUGGAAGUGAUAGCCCUGCAUAGGUUGAGUUUUAGUAACAUGACCAUCUAUCGAGAAUACUACCGAGUCUUUCUGGAACUAGGGCCGUUCGAUGAGGAGCAGGAGUGCGAGGUGCUAAACAUUCUACAGGCCGUAGUGGGCACUAGACCUGGAAUACCGACGGUAAUCGAGGAAGUCGUGUGGGAGAUAGCUAGGCGCGAAAUAGGAUGCGGGUUGACGACGUGGGAAGAAGGGGAACUGGACCUCGGGCAAGGAAGCCAGGAUGGGGAUGCACAACACAGGAAGGAUCGGCUUAGAGACACGAGGGACACCCCAACAAGGAAAGGGAAAGAAGGAAUAGAAUUCCUUACGGAGGAUAGGGAUAGACCAGUCAAUCCACCCCUACUGGACAGCGGAGCAAGCCGACCCUCGGCGUCGCCUGUAAGUGCAAGAGGAUGCGAGGGACUCUGGAGCCUGAGGGAAAGGGUGCUAGGAUGGUUUGACACGGAAGGGAUCGCAAAGCCAAAAGGGCAACCCGAUUUUAGCAAGGAAGGCACCGGUCCGAGUUCCGCGACAGGACCUGGGAUGGUUGAGGGAGGGCUUAGGAAGGUGGUGUCGUCCCUCACGCGUGCUCUAAGCAAGAACCAGGGAUACUUGGCCGACGCCAAGAAAAAGCUGACUUUCGAUGGUGGAAACAUCACCAAGUUCCUAGUCGAUUAUGAAAAUCUAGCAGCCUUACUAAGAUGGACUGAGGAGGAAAAGAUGGAGCACCUAGGCCAGCAUGUGUCACUCAACCUAGGUAGGGACAUAAUGGCAAUCGUCGCAACAAGCGGAUCAUGGAAAGAGGCCAGGGACGUGAUGAUGAGGAAGUAUCUAGCAGACGAAAAGAUGGCCACAAAGGCGGAACUGGUUACAGUGCACAGGAAGAAUUUCGCAACAUACAGCGACUUCCUAAGGGAGUUUACUCUCGUAGCACUACGAAUCCCCGGAGUGACGGACCGAAUAAUGAGCAAGUACUUCCUAAAGCAGUUCACCGAGUUUGACAAAGAUAAGAUCUUGUCCGCCUACCAGCAGACAGCAAAGUUCCUGAACACUAGAGACGUAGAUUUCAACACUAUAACGGAUAUUGCCGAGAAGAUGGUGGUAGAAGUGAUUGUGGUUUGGGAGGUGUUUUGGAGGGUUCGAUCCUCUCACCUACAGCAAAUGCUGUAUGCAGUUACUCUUGCCCUCCUUUCUCAAAGAGAAGUUAUGUCAGAACAACCCAGUAACGUGUAAUGUGGCCCAUUUCAAGGAAACCUCAGAGUAUUGUCAAUGAAUAUGGUUCAUGUGC